AGAAAUGAACAAUUCUAAAUGGUUAUUCUCUUACUCUCAAAUUCUGGCCUAAAAUAAUUUCAAAAAGUUUUACACCAAAAUUAAUUACAAAACUGCACUUUUAAAAUCAAUCUUCCUAAAUACAUAAAAUAUACUCGAUAGAAUGAUUGCUUAUAAAAUUGUUGAUCCUUAUCCUGAAAUACCUUAACAAUAGCAUGUUAAUGAAGAAACUCCUUAAAUACAAACUUAAGUUUAUGGUAAAUCUAUUUAAUCUAUCUCACCUUCUAAACCUUUAGAUAUCGAGAAGAGACUAGAGGAUAUCAUCUAAAAGAGUAUCUUUCAUAUCUAUUUUAGUGGAUGGAGAUAGUAAUUCCAGGUUCAAAUUCACUAAUGGAACAAACAUUCCUUUAGACUACGAAGCAAUACUUCAAUUAAAGUAGUUCAUUCUAAAAUGA